AAAGAGAUCGUCACACUCUCUCUCCUGACCACAUACGUCUAGGAUGGAAAGAAUAUAGAAAAGACAAAAUAAACUCUAUACAAGAGCCUUUUAAACUCAAAACUAGCAACAGAAUAGAGAAGCAACAACCUCUAUUAGACAAAACAAACAGCCUACUUGUGAGCAAAGGACCUAUGGCUAUAGAGGAUAGCCAAGCUGAAGCAACAAAUUUGUUACAACAAAGCUCUACAAUCAAUGAUAGACCCAGCUAG